AUGAAGUUCCAAAUAGAAGACGUGACGGUUUAUUUCCCCUACGACAACAUAUACCCUGAACAGUAUUCCUACAUGGUGGAACUCAAGCGUGCUCUAGAUGCCAAGGGCCAUUGCCUCCUUGAAAUGCCCACCGGCACCGGAAAAACCAUUGCCUUGCUUUCACUCAUCACCAGCUACUCGCUGUCCAAGAAAACUAAUCCGAUCAAGUUGAUCUACUGCACCCGCACCGUGCACGAGAUGGAGAAAACAUUGGGAGAGCUUAAAUUGCUCCAUAAUUACCAAUUACAACACUUGGGCCCCGAAGCCAAGAUGCUUGCCCUAGGCUUGUCUUCCAGAAAGAACUUGUGUGUUAAUCCGACUGUGGUUUCUGCUGAGAAUAGAGAUUCUGUGGAUGCCGCUUGCCGGAAGCUUACUGCCAGUUGGGUUCGGGAGCUUGCUGCUGCAAACCCUAAUGUUCCCACAUGUUCUUUCUUUGAGAACUAUGAGAAGUCUGCUUCUGAAGCUCUUCUCCCUCCAGGGGUUUACUCUUUGCAGGAUCUUAGGAGUUUUGGAAAAGCAAAAGGAUGGUGUCCAUACUUCUUAGCAAGACAUAUGGUUCAAUUUGCGAAUGUGGUUGUUUAUAGCUAUCAAUACCUACUUGAUCCAAAAGUUGCUGGUAUCAUAUCAAAGGAGAUGCAGAGAGAAUCUGUUGUGGUUUUUGAUGAGGCCCACAAUAUUGAUAAUGUAUGUAUUGAGGCUCUGAGUGUUAGUGUGAGGAAGCAGACACUGGAAGGGGCUACCCGAAAUAUUGAGAGGAUGGAUCGGGAGAUAAAAAGGUGCGUGGGAGUUGGAAGGCUUGAGGCCACGGAUGCUAAUCGACUUCAGUCAGAAUACAAAAGACUCGUUGAUGGUUUGGCAGUAAGGGGAAAUCUGCCUGCUUCAGAUGCAUGGCUUGCAAACCCUGUCUUGCCUGAUGAUAUACUCAAAGAAGCUGUUCCUGGGAAUGUAAGGCGUGCAAAGCACUUUGUGUCUCUUCUCAAAAGAUUAGUCCAGUAUAUUAGAGUACGUUUAGAUACUGAGAAUGUUGAAAAGGUGGAACCUGUGAGCUUUGUUCAAUCUCUUGAUCAGCAAGCUGCUAUCAACUCUAAAAUGUUGAAGUUUUGUUACGAUAGGCUUCACUCGUUAUUGUUAACUUUAGAGAUAUCAGAUACUGAUGAAUUCUUACACAUCCAAACUAUCUGCGACUUUGCAACCCUUGUGGGGACUUAUGCUCGGGGAUUCUCCAUAAUUAUUGAACCUUAUGAUGAAAGAAUGCCACAUAUUCCUGACCCUGUUCUGCAGCUAUGCUGCCAUGAUGCUUCUCUUGCCAUAAAGCCUGUCUUCGAACGGUUUCAGUCAGUUGUUAUAACCUCCGGGACUCUCAGUCCGAUUGAUCUCUAUCCUCGCCUUCUAAAUUUUAAUCCUGUGGUUAGCCGGAGCUUCACAAUGUCCUUGACUAGGGAAUGUAUAUGCCCGAUGGUCCUCACUCGGGGAAGUGAUCAGCUUCCCGUGAGUACAAAAUAUGAUCUGAGGAGUGAUCCUGGGGUUGAAAAAAAUUAUGGGAAACUCUUGCUGGAGAUGGUCUCUGUUGUCCCAGAUGGGAUUGUUUGUUUUUUUGUUAGCUAUUCAUACAUGGAUGGGAUAGUAAAUAGUUGGCACGAAACAGGACUCCUUAAGGAAAUAAUGCAACAUAAACUAGUCUUCAUUGAGACACAAGAUGUUGUUGAAACUACACUGGCUUUGGAUAACUAUCGCAAGGCUUGUGAUUGUGGAAGGGGCGCCGUUUUCUUUUCUGUUGCUAGGGGUAAGGUUGCUGAGGGCAUAGACUUUGACAGGCACUAUGGUCGACUUGUUAUCAUGUUUGGUGUUCCAUUUCAAUAUACUCUGAGCAGAACAUUGCUUGCAAGAUUGGAGUACCUACGUGACACUUUCCAGAUAAAAGAGGGCGACUUUCUCACAUUUGAUGCUCUGAGACAAGCUGCUCAGUGUGUUGGGCGAGUGAUCCGGUCUAAGGCAGAUUAUGGCAUGAUGAUAUUUGCUGACAAAAGGUACACCCGCCAUGACAAGCGUUCAAAGUUGCCGCGUUGGAUUUUGUUGCAGUUACGUGAUGCACAUCUGAACUUAAGCACUGACAUGGCUGUACAUAUAGCAAAAGAGUUUUUAAGGAAGAUGGCUCAACCCUAUGAUAAGACUGGUGCCUUGGGGAAGAAAACCCUUCUUUCGGAGGCAGACUUGGAGAAGAUGGGUGAUGGCAUUCUCAAGGAUGUGUUGUUUUAG